AUGGUACAGGUAUACCCUUGGGUAAUCCAUAUAGUGAGACUGUGCUUUGCCCUUUCUGCAACUUGCACCCACCUUCAUACCCUCAUGCAGUGUCAUGGAAAUAUGUUCUCAGCCAGUGGAAGCCUUCUGGUGGGCCAGUGUCUCCUGAUGUAUUAUCAGUUACUUAAGUCUCCAGUUCCUUUCAGCUUUUGUUAUUUACAACGUUAUCUUAUGUCAUCUUUAGUCACCAAAAUUCAUAUGCGAGUCCACACAAAGGAGAAGCCAUACAGCUGUGAUAUUUGUAACAAUACUUUCUCGCAGAAAAAUCCAUAUGAGAAAUCGUUACUUAGUGCCACACGUUUCUUAUGGAGUAGUCACCUGGUGCAGCACAUGGUAAUACAUACAAAGGAAAAUCCAUAUCUCCACGUGGUUUCAAAUGAUGGCUUGUCACAGAAGGAGAAUUUUGUAUUACACGUGAGAUUACACAGAGAAGCUAUGAAGCUGCGAGGUUUCCCUAAUGAGUAUAAUGGAAGGAAUGAUACAUGA